AUGAACGACGCAGAUUUGGGUAAAAACAUCGAUCAAGAAGCCCAGGUCAUCGAGAGCUAUGCCUUUCGUGCGAAGAGAUUUCAAAAUGGCGAUGCUCAUCUAGUUCCCAGCCGUUGGUGGUUCCUCUCGUCGGCUUUCCCCAUGCUCGCAGGGACUCUCGGUCCUGUGGCUUCAGCGUUUAGUAUCUGUGCGCUAGUUCAGCCAUGGCGACAGCAUCUCGUUCCUGGGGGAGAUGUCCAGGAGGCCCCUUUCAUCGCCAACCCAUCAUGGUUAAUGAUUACCAAUGCUAUCCAACUUGCUCUUGGUAUUACCUCGAACAUGUUUCUACUCCUCAACAUGGCAAGACGAGUCCGCUUUAGUCUGGCCCAACCUAUUACGAUAGUCGGAUGGUACAUCUCAGCUAUAUGUCGCCUCUCUCUAAGCGCCACUGCCGCUGGGCCUCUCCUCGAAGACAUCAAGUUCCCCAAAAACGAGCUCAUCUGGUCCCAGGCAUUCUACUACGGCAUAUGGGCGACUAUCCUCUACUUUCUCGAUGCUUCCCUCAUGGCUGUCACCUUCUGGGGUGCUUUGUCCAGUCACUAUAGGAAGGACUUUAUGCUGACCUCAAGCCAACGCACUCUAAUGUUGCAGACUAUCAUGUUCCUCUUAUACCUCCUCCUUGGUGCUCUUAUCUUCUCCAAUAUCGAAGACUGGAACUUUCUCGAUGCUGUAUACUGGGUAGAUGUUAGUCUCUUCACUGUUGGCUUCGGUGACUACGCUCCCACGACUACUCUUGGAAGAGCUCUCCUGAUGUCAUACGCCCUUAUUGGUGUUAUCAGUCUUGGUUUGGUCAUCAGCUCAGUCAGGAGUUUAAUCCUUGAGCGUGGAAGACACUGUGUCGCAGCCCGGAUGGAGGAGAAGAAGCGACGCAGGGUAAUCCAGACCAUGACACGCAGGGGUGACGAUAAUAUCCUCAAGCCCAUCCGCAGAGAGUCUGAAAUCUCUCGGAUACAAUCAAAUACAAUCCCAGCGACCGAGUUUGAACGCCGCAAGGCCGAAUUUGCUCUAAUGCGCAAGAUCCAGGCCCAGUCCUCAUAUCGCAGAAGAUGGAUAGCUAUGGGUAUCUCCACUACCUCAUGGCUUAUUCUAUGGCUGGUGGGCGCUAUCAUCUUUGAGAAGUCUGAGAAGACCUAUCAGGAUUGGUCGUACUUUAACUCCUUCUACUUCUGCUUCGUGGCCUGGACUACUAUUGGAUAUGGUGAUCUCGCUCCUAUUUCAAAUGCAGGCAAAUCCUUCUUUGUCUUUUGGUCUCUUCUAGCCUUGCCUACUAUGACGGUGCUAAUCUCAAAUGCUAGUGAUACUGUGGUUAAGUUUAUCCGAGAUAGUACCCUUCGGCUAGGAAACGCUACGAUCCUGCCGGGCGACGAAGACUUUAUCAGUAAUCUAAAGCAUAUUGUCAGCAAGAUUACAUUUGCUGAGAUCAUGACCGAGUUCGACGAACGGAGUCUCCAGGACGAUGACAGAGGCCGCCCUAGUACCUCCGUUGUCGACCAAAGGGUUUCACAAAGCCAUCGCCCAAAACACACUCACGCUCCAUCAACCUUCACCUCCAGAAUCCGACGCUCGCUCUCCCGCCUUCACAAUCCCCACGAUAAGUUUCCCAGGGGCACCGACUUCCACCUCCUCCUUAUUUCUGAGAUCCAGAUCAUCGCCAUCCACCUCAAAGAAUCCAAGCCGCAUCGCUACACUUUCGACCAAUGGGCCUGGUACCUCAAGCUCAUCGGCGAAGAUGAACGCAACGCAGAGACGCACUGCAAGGCUAAGCCAAAGGAAAAGCGCCCGGAUCCUAACAUUGAGAACUCAGAUAACGAGCUAACGUGGUCGUGGGUCGGGAAUCGCAAUCCUUUGAUGGGUAGCCAGGAGGAGAGCGAGUGGAUUCUGGACAGAUUGAUGGAUAGGCUCCGGAUGUCGUUAUCAGCAGAGAGGAGGCGGCAGCUGAGGACCGGUCCCAGGUUGGCGCAUCAGGAGGCGCAGGAGGUGUAA